AUGGGAAUGUUAUUGCAGUUUCUUUAUGUAUUGUUUGGGGUACUUAUUUCUGUGGUUCUGGUUCAAGCACAGGAUCAAUCAGGCUAUACUGAGAAGACCACAAGCAUAUUUUACAUUUCAGAUGCCAAAUUUAUAGAUGCUGGUGUAAGCAAGAGUAUUUCACCAGCAGAGAAGAGUACUCAUCUACAACAGCUAGCAUAUGUGAGGAGUUUUCCUAGUGGAGAGAGAAACUGUUACAGAAUAAAUGUAACCAGUGGUACUAAAUAUUUGAUCAGAGCUACUUUCUUUUAUGGAAACUAUGAUGGCCUCAAUCAGCCACCACAAUUUGAUCUUCAUCUUGGACCUAAUUUAUGGGACACAGUGAGCUUCCCCAAUGCAUCACUCAGCGAAAUCAGUGAGAUCAUUUACACCCCAUCACUAGAUUACAUACAUCCAUGUCUUGUUAACAAAGGUCAAGGGGCUCCAUUCAUUUCAACCAUAGAAUUGAGGACUUUGAAAAAUGCUUCCUAUGUCACAGCGUCAGCUGAAUCAUUGGCAUACUAUCGGCGAUAUGAUUUAGGUUCCAUCACCAACUUAGUAUACAGGUACAACUAUGAUGUUUAUGACCGCAUCUGGGUGCCACAUGGAUUCAACCAGUGGACACAAUUAAGCAGCACACUUAAUCAUGAUAUAUUCCAGAAUGAUUACAAAUUACCAGAAGUUGUCAUGAGCACUGCUGCUACACCAAUAAAUGCUAGUGCUCCAUUUCAGUUCUAUUGGGAUCCAGAUAAUGUGAAUGAGAAAUUCUACAUCUACAUGCACUUUAACGAGGUUAAAAUUCUGGCAGAAAAUGAAACUAGAACAUUCAAUAUCUUCAUGAAUGGCAAGUUAUUCUAUGGACCUCUGACUCCUGGAUAUCUGACGAAAAAUAUCAUAUAUAGUACAUCAGCUUUGACCGGAGCUACAAGGUAUCUAUUUUCUCUUGCUAAGACAGGGACUUCUACCCUUCCACCCAUCAUGAAUGCCAUGGAGAUUUAUAAAGUAAUAGAUUUUGCUCAAUCAGAAACUGAACAAGAUGAUGGUAUGCUCUAA